AUGGGCUUUCAGCGCACCGGCUACGAUGCCGACACGCAAACCUACACUUUCCGCGCACCCGACGGGCAAAUCUAUGAGUCGGCAUCCGGAAACCGCUACGGCGAGCUCUACCCACAAGGCCAACGGCCCCUUCUGUCUGAACCCGAGAUUGAAUACAACAAUGCGCAGCUUAAGAAGAACAACCGCGAAAGCGUGAAGAUGAUGCUCCCGUUUGCACUCCUUGCCAUUGUCUUCCUACUUCUCAUCUUCAGGAUUCUGUCUGGGGCUGGUGGUACAGAAGCUGAUCCUGGGCGUCCGCAGGUUCACUGUGCUGAAGGCACUGCUGCAGUUCAAGUUGAGGAGGGGCAGACGUGUUACGAGAUCGCAACGGCGAAUGGUUUGGGUGUAGAAGACCUGUUGGGGUUAAAAGGAAAUGAGAAGGUGGAUUGUGAUAACUUAUGGAUUGGGCAGGGGAUCUGCAUUCCUGCGUAA